CAUUGAGUCUCAGACAGAGACCGGCACACCCUACAUGCUUUACAAGGAUGCCUGCAACCGCAAAAGCAACCAGCAGAACCUGGGCACCAUUAAAUGCAGUAACUUGUGCACAGAAAUUGUAGAGUACACCAGUAAGGAUGAGGUGGCUGUUUGCAACCUGGCAUCCAUUGCUCUUAACAUGUACGUCACCCCAGAGCAAACUUUUGACUUCCAGAAGCUGGCCUCUGUUACAAAAGUCAUUGUGAAGAACCUGAACAAAAUCAUCGAUAUCAACUACUACCCAGUGCAAGAGGCAGAGAACUCUAACAAGCGUCACAGGCCCAUCGGUAUCGGCGUUCAGGGUCUGGCUGAUGCCUUUAUCCUCAUGCGUUUCCCCUUUGAGAGCGCAGAGGCUCAACUCCUCAACACACAGAUCUUUGAGACCAUCUACUACGCUGCGCUGGAGUCCAGCUGUGAGCUGGCUGCAGAAUUUGGGCUGUAUGAAACAUAUGCUGGGUCUCCUGUGAGCAAGGGCGUAAGUUGGAUGUUAUAAUAUAAGCAG